UGGAUCGCGGGCACGUUCACGCUCCUCUGCUGCCUCAUCGCCGCGGCCGGCGCCUUCAGCCACAGCCGCGCGUUCGCGUUCCCCGAGGUGCAGCGGAAGAUCCUCGCGCUGCUCUGGAUGCCGCCGAUCUACGGUUUGUGCUGCUGGCUGAGCCUGCUCUACCCGCUGGCGGCGCCGGGCCUGAGCAUGGUGCGCGACGGCUACGAGGCCUACACGAUCUGGGUCUUCGUGUCGUUCCUCGUGUCCCUCGCCGCCGACGACGACUCCGGCGCCCACGUGCUGCCGCGCGCGUUCUGCCCGCCGCCGUGCUGCGGCCGGAAGCCGCCGGCGAAGAAGUUCCUCCGCCAGUGCAUGAUCGCGGUGCUCCAGUUCGUGCUCUUCAAGCCCGUGCUGAGCGUCGGCGACUACGUGCUGACCAUGGUGCCCUACGAGCGCGCGAGCCGCGAGCCCUGGGUCGACCGCGCGCGGCUCGUCGUGCUGGUGUGCAUGAACGUGUCCGUGUCCGUGGCGCUCACGGGCCUGCUCAAGGUCUACCACGCGACGGCGCACCGCCUCGAGCGCCACGGGCCCUGGCCCAAGUUCUGCUGCGUCAAGGGCGUCGUCUUCCUCACGUUCUGGCAGGGCACGGUCAUCUGGGCGCUCACGUGCUCCGAGUCCGCGAACCCGUUCGCGUCCAAGGAGAUGGCGGACGCGGUGCAGAACUUCCUCAUCUGCGUCGAGAUGUUCGUCGCGUCCGUCGUCCACUCCUACACCUUCUCCGCCGACGAGUGG